CUUUAUGAUAGUAUUUUGCUCUUAAAAAUUACAGUGCCUGCUGUUUCUGAUGCAACAUGGCAGUCACUCGUCCUUGAUGCCGAAUUACCUGUUUUGGUUGAAUUCUGGGCCCCAUGGUGUGGUCCAUGUCGUAUGAUCCACCCUAUAAUUGAUGAACUGGAAAAGCAAUAUGCUGGGAAGCUCAAAUGUUACAAAGUAAGCACCGAUGAGAGUGCUUCAGUUGCAACCCGAUAUGGGAUCCGAAGCAUCCCCACUGUCAUCUUAUUCAAGGAUGGUGAGAAAAAAGAAGCAGUUAUUGGGGCUGUUCCCAAAUCCACAUUAACCACCAGCAUAGAAAAGUUCUUGUAGAAGUGGUAAGUAAUGAAGGUCUUUUCUGGAGCUAAGUUGUGUCUUGUAUCUGUUUCUUCUCCUUUUAGAUUUUGCUCCUUCUCUCAGAGUUUAGAUACUUGUCUCUCAAAAUAAACUGACCUCCUCUGCUGUAUAGUUAUUUGGAAGAAUCUGUAUAUAUUUUCCAUUUUCAGAGAAUGCUAGUAACGUUAUAUAUUUAUCCAUCUGAAUAUCCCUUUUAAAACU